AUGCUACGAUUUCUUCUUGUGUUCACAUAUUCCACAUGGGCAUUUGUGAGUGCUGAAAAAGGCUUUGAGUGGGCUCCCUUCAACGAUGGUGACCUCAAUUGCUUGAGUAGUCAUUAUGCGUUUUAUAUGGGAACACUGCGAACGCCCUCGAAUGUUCCAAGCCCAUCAGAUCUGCAAACUCUUCGGAACGCUUCAGCGAGAGUUUUACGAGUGUUUGCUGUCAUCAAACCGUGCUACAUAAUCGACUGUACGCCCGCUGAAGUCUACUUAUCGAUGAUUGUUCAAGCGUUAAAUGAAAGUGGGAUUGAGAUCAAAACGUUGUGGCUGGACGUAACCGAAAGACUGCCCAUCUACAAUAUGCAGGCUAAUCAGCAAGUCAUCACAAAUUUCGGCAAUGCGGCCAAGAAACUGAACAUUGAAAUCGGCAUCAGGACUGUGCCGGACUCUUGGGCGUCUUUUGUGACAAAAAAUUGGGAUGGAAUGGCUGGCUUCCCACUCUUCUUGGCCGAAGAAAAAAGUUUUACACCGUUCGGCGGAUGGACGAAGCCGAGAAUUCGUCGAAUCGGUAGGCCUGCUUGGCCAAACUAUCCCACCUGCACGUGUGGCAGCAGAAGCUACAAGUACAAGUGCUCUUAUGACCCCAUGCAAGUUUAUGACGAUGGUCUU